AUGGGCCUUUGGGGCAUACUUGUUUUUUUAAUCUUCCUGGGUAAAAGUUGGGGACAGGAACAAACGUAUGUCAUUUCAGCGCCAAAAAUAUUCCGUGUUGGAGCAUCUGAAAAUAUUGUCAUUCAAGUUUAUGGAUACACCGAAGCAUUUGAUGCAACAAUCUCUCUUAAAAGUUAUCCUGAUAAAAAAUUUAGUUACUCUUCAGGCUAUGUUACUUUAUCCAUGGAGAACAAAUUCCAAAACUCUGCAGUCUUAACAGUACAACCCAAACAGUUGUCUGGAGGACAGAACCCAGUUUCACAUGUGUAUUUGGAAGUUGUAUCGAAGCAUUUUUCAAGAUCAAAAAAAGUGCCAAUAACCUAUGACAAUGGAUUUCUCUUCAUUCAUACAGACAAGCCUGUUUACACUCCACAACAGUCAGUAAAGGUUAGAGUUUAUUCACUGAAUGAUGACCUGAAACCAGCCAAAAGAGAAACUGUCUUAACUUACAUCGAUCCUGAAGGAUCAGAAGUGGACAUUAUGGAAGAAAAUGAUUAUACCGGAAUCAUCUCUUUUCCUGACUUCAAGAUUCCAUCCAAUCCUAAAUACGGUGUGUGGACAAUCCGAGCUAAAUAUAAAGAGGACUUUUCAACGACUGCAACCGCAUAUUUUGAGAUUAAAGAAUACGUAUUGCCACAUUUUUCUGUCUCAAUAGAACCAGAAAAUAGUUUCAUUGGCUAUAAGGACUUCAAUGAUUUUGAAAUUACUAUCAAAGCAAGAUAUUUUUAUAAUAAAGUUGUCACUGAGGCUGAAGUUUAUAUCACUUUCGGAAUAAGAGACGACUUAAAAGAUGAUCAAAAAGAAAUGAUGCAAAAAGCCUUGCAAAACACAAUGUUGAUCAAUGGAAUUGCUCAAGUCACAUUUAACUCUGAAAUGGCAACUAAGGAACUGUCCUAUGAAAGUCUGGAAGAUUUAAACGACAAGUACCUUUAUAUUGGUGUCACAGUCAUAGAGUCUACAGGUGGAUUUUCUGAAGAGGCAGAAAUUCCUGGCAUCAAAUAUGUCCUCUCUCCCUACAAACUGAAUUUGGUUGCUACUCCUCUUUUCAUGAAGCCCGGGAUUCCAUAUUCUAUCAAGGUGCAGGUUAAGAAUUCAUUUGACCAAUUGGUAGGAGGGGUCCCGGUGACCCUGAGCGCACAAACGGUCGAUGUAAACCAAGAGAUGUCUAACUUGGAGUCGAAGAAAAGUGUAACACGUUCCAGUGAUGGAGUAGCUUCGUUUAUGGUUAAUCUUCCAUCUGGAGCAAGGAUGUUGGAGUUUAACGUCAAGACUGAUGACCCAGAUCUUCCAGAAGAAAAUCAAGCCGGCAAAGUUUACCAAGCAAUAGCAUAUUCAUCUCUCAGCCAAAGUUACCUUUAUAUUGACUGGACUGGAAACUAUAAACCUUUGCUUGUGGGAGAAUAUCUGAAUAUUAUUGUUACCCCCAGAAGUCCAUAUAUUAACAAAAUAACUCACUAUAAUUACUUGAUUUUAUCUAAGGGCAAAAUUGUCCACUUUGGCACAAGAGAGAAACUUCCAGAUUCAUCCUAUCAAAACAUAAACAUUCCAGUGACACAAAACAUGGUUCCUUCAGCCCGUCUCCUGGUCUAUUACAUCGUCACAGGAGAGCAGACAGCAGAGUUGGUGUCUGAUUCAGUCUGGUUAAAUAUCGAAGAAAAGUGUGGCAAUCAGCUCCAGGUUCAUCUGUCUCCAAGUACAGAUGUGUCGUAUUCUCCAAGCCAACAUGUAUCUCUUAAUAUGGCAACUGAGUCAAAUUCCUGGGUGGCUUUAUCAGCAGUGGACAGUGCUAUAUAUGGAGUCCAGAGAAGAGCCAAGAAACCUCUGGAAAGAGUAUUUCAAGUCUUAGAGACGAGCGACCUGGGCUGUGGGGCAGGUGGUGGCCGCAACAAUGCAGAUGUAUUCCAUCUGGCUGGACUCCUCUUUCUCACCAACGCAAAUGUAGAUGACACCCGAGAAGAUGAUAAGCCCUGCAAAGAAAUUCUCAGGCCAAAGAGAAUGCUGCAAAAGAAAAUACAGGAGGAAGUUGCUAAAUACAAACACACAGUAUUGAAGAAAUGUUGCUACGACGGAGCCUACCGUAACGAAGAUGAGGACUGUGAGCAGCGUGCUGCCCGCAUUACAAUAGGUCCCAGAUGCGUCAGGAUCUUCAAGGAAUGUUGUCUUAUCGCAAAGAAGCACCGUGAUGAGGAUCCUCUUAAAAACAUCCAGCUGGGAAGGCUGCAUAUAAAGACCCUGUUACCAGUGAGCAAGCCAGAAAUAAGGAGCUAUUUUCCAGAAAGCUGGUUAUGGGAAGUUCAUCAUGUCCCCAGAAGAAGCCAAUUGCAAUUUGUGCUACCUGAUUCUCUAACCACCUGGGAAAUUCAAGGUGUUGGCAUUUCAAAUAGUGGUAUAUGUGUUGCUGAUACUCUCAAGGCACAGGUGUUCAAAGAUGUCUUCCUGGAAAUGAAUAUACCAUAUUCUGUUGUACGAGGGGAGCAGAUCCAGUUGAAAGGAACUGUUUACAACUAUAGAAUGUCUGGUAUGCGGUUCUGUGUUAAAAUGUCUACCGUGGAGGGAAUCUGUACAUCCGGAAGCCAAGCCAUUGGCCACCAGGGCAUAAAUCCCUCCAAAUGUCUGUCCCAGAGAGUAGAAGGUUCCUCCAGUCAUUUGGUGACCUUCAGCGUGCUUCCCCUGGAAAUCGGCCUCCACAACAUCAACUUUUCACUGGAGACUUCACUUGGAAAAGAAAUCUUAGUAAAAACAUUACGAGUGGUGCCAGAAGGUGUCAAAAAGGAAAGUUAUGCUGGUGUUACUCUGGACCCAAGGGGUAUUUACGGUGUCGUUAGUAGACGAAAAGAGUUCCCAUACAGGAUACCGUUAGAUUUGGUCCCCAAAACAAAAGUCAAAAGGAUCGUGAGUGUAAAAGGACUGCUUAUAGGAGAGGUCAUGUCUACAGUUCUGAGUCAGGAAGGCAUUGACAUUCUUACCCACCUCCCCAAGGGGAAUGCAGAAGCAGAACUGAUGAGCAUUGUCCCAGUAUUCUAUGUUUUUCACUACCUGGAAGCAGGAAAAAAUUGGAACAUUUUUUCUACUAAGUCACUUAUUCAAAACCAGAACCUGAGGAAAAAAUUAAAAGAAGGGAUGGUGAGCAUCAUGUCCUACAGAAAUGCUGACUCUUCUUACAGCAUGUGGAAGGGUGGCAGUGCUAGCACUUGGUUAACAGCCUUUGCUUUAAGAGUGCUUGGACAAUUAAAUAAAUACAUAGAACAGAACCAAAAUUCAAUUUGUAAUACUUUAUUGUGGCUGGUGGAGAAUUGUCAACUAGAAAAUGGAUCUUUCAAGGAGAAUUCGGACUAUCAACCAAUAAAAUUACAGGGUACCUUGCCUGUCGAAGCCCGGGAGAACACCUUAUAUCUGACAGCCUUUGCUGUGAUUGGAAUUAGAAAGGCUUUUGAUAUAUGCUCCCUGGUGAAAAUCAACACGGCUAUCACUAAAGCUGACACCUUUCUGCUUGAAAAUACCCUCUCAGCCCAGAGCACCUUUACACUGGCCAUUGCUGCUUACGCUCUUUCCCUGGGAGAUAAAACCCACCCGCAGUUUCGUUCAAUUGUCUCAGCCCUGAAGAAGAAAGCUUUGGUUAAAGGAGAUCCAGUCAUUUAUCGCUUUUGGAAAGAUGAUCUUCAACAGGAAAGCACAUCCACACCUAACCCCAGUACAGCACACGUGGUAGAAACCACUGCCUACGCUUUACUCACCAGUCUGAGCUUGAAAGACAUAAAUUACGUUAACCCAAUCAUCAGAUGGCUAUCUGAAGAGCAGAGGUACGGAGGCGGCUUUUAUUCAACCCAGGAUACGAUUAAUGCCAUCGAGGGCCUGACGGAAUAUUCACUCCUGAUAAAACAACUCCACUUGAACAUGGACAUCAAUGUCUCUUACAAGCAUAAAGGUGACCUCCACCGUUAUAAGAUGACAGAGACGAAUUUCCUUGGGAGGCCAAUAGAGGUGCCCCUCAAUGAUGACCUCGUCGUCAGUACUGGGUAUAGCAAUGGCGUGGCUACGGUGCACGUAACAACUGUGGUUCACAAAACCAGUACUUCUGAGGAAAUCUGCAGCUUUCAUUUGAAAAUUGAAGCCCAAGACAUAGAAGCUUCCAGCUACAGACGCUACAGCGACUCAGAUUACAAACGCAUAGUAGCAUGUGCCAGCUACAAGCCCAGCAAAGAAGAAUCAUCAUCGGGAUCUUCCCAUGCAGUGAUGGAUAUCUCUUUGCCUACUGGAAUCGGUGCAAACCAGGAAGACUUAAAAGCUCUUGUGGAAAGGGUAGACCAACUAUUAGCUGAUUACCAAAUCAAAGAUGGACAUAUUAUUCUGCAACUGAAUUCGAUUCCUUCUGAUGAGUUCCUUUGUGUUCGGUUCCGGAUAUUUGAGCUGUUUCAAGUUGGGUUUCUGAAUCCUGCUACUUUCACAGUGUAUGAAUACCACAGACCAGAUAAGCAGUGCACCAUGUUCUAUAACCCAUUCGAUGCCAGACUGCAGAAAUUCUGUGAAGGAGUAACAUGCAAAUGCAUAGAAGCUGACUGCGGGCAGAUGCAGACAGAAUUGGAUCUGACAAUCUCUGCAGAUACUAGAAAAGAAACAGCAUGUAAACCAGACAUUGCCUAUGCUUAUAAAGUUCGUAUCACAUCCAUCACCAAAGAAAAUGUCUUUGUUAAGUACACGGCAACCCUCCUGGAUAUCUACAAAGCUGGAGAAGCUGUUGCCCAGAAAGACUCUGACGUCACCUUCAUUAAAAAGGCAACAUGUGCUAACGCUGAUCUGGAAAAAGGAAGACAAUAUUUGAUUAUGGGUAAAGAAGCCCUCCAGAUAAAAUACAAUUUCAGUUUCAAGUACCUCUACCCUUUGGAUUCGUCCACCUGGAUUGAAUAUUGGCCUACAAACGCAAUGUGCCCAUCAUGCCAGGCGUUCUUGGCUAAUUUAGAUGAGUUUGCUGAAGACAUUUUUCUAAAUGGCUGCGAAAACCCCUGAGGAAGUUCAACCAUGUAGGGUUUUCGCUGUGGACUCCUGUUGUGGAAGUGUCUUCCUUUUCUUUUGUUUCUUCUUCUUCUUCUUCUUCUUCUUCUUCUUCUUAACAUUCAUAGCUGGUCUUAUUUGGAAAGCUCACUUUACUUAGAAUUAGUGGCACUUUGCUUUUAGUAGAGGAUGAUUUUAAGAGCUGUAACUUUCUGAAAUAACACGGCCUUAGGGGGCAUGGAGACAGACACCCGUUCCAAGGUUAUCGGACACCAGAAGCAAUAAAAAUUGGACCGCCUCCUAAAACCUACCGCUCAGGAAUGUCUGCCGGGGACCGAAGAACAGCCCCCAUUGAAAUGGAGUAUCUUACAAUAACAUGGCCUUUGCUUGAAAGAAAAUACCGAGGGGCAGAGAGCUGGUCAUUAAAACCUGACUUUGCUUUCAAAAUGUGGGAAAAAGCGAAGAAGCCUAUUAUUUUAUGCGAGGCCAGCUGGACCCACACAGAUGGGCAAGUUGAGAGGCAGAGACCUGAGAAGGCCCAGCCUCAGAGUCCUCAGCAAACUGAGAAGGUGGGAGCAUUUGCCCCUGUGGCUCCCCUACCCCCAUGGGGGUCCCACGACUCCCUCCGCUCCCUCCCAGCACCUGUCCGUUUCCCCCAGGGUCUCCCUCAGCAAUAAUCACCCUGGGAGGCAGCCCGCAGUGCAGCACCUGGUGAGGAGAAGCCAAGUGGUGAUCAGGAGACCUUCCUGCUGGGCCCUAACCAGGUCUUGGAGCCAUGUUUGAGCUUUUCUAAAAGAGGGUCUAUAACAGGAUGUUCAUUUCUUUUUUUUCUUUGUUAAUGUCUA